AUGCACAUCUUCGACCCCAUCUCCGACGCGGAGAUCCGCACCACCGCGCGCCUCCUCAAGGACCUCAACGGCGACGCCAAGGUCCACUUCGUCCAGAUCGACCGCCUCGACCCCCCCAAGAAGCAGGCCCUCCGCUACCUCAGCGUCGAGCGCCACGGCGGCGCGCCCCUCCCCCGCAUCCCGCGCCGCACCUACGCCUACUACUACCUCAACGACCGCAUGCCGCUCUACAAGGCCCUCUGCAACGUCUCCGACGGCCGCGUCAUCGCCAACCAGGCCACCCCCGAGGGCACCGUCGGCCCGCUGCUCCCCGAGGACGUCGAGGCCGUCGAGGCCGCCAUCCUGGCCCACCCCGCCGUCCAGGCCGAGAUCGCCAAGCUCAAGCUCGACGCCCUCUCCUACAACCACUCGGCCCUCGGGCCCCUCGGCUACUCCGUCGUCUGCGAGCCCUGGAUGUACGGCACCGACUCCCCGCACGACAAGAUCCCGCUCAUCCAGGCCUACAUGUACCUCAAGCUCGACCACCCGGAGGCCAACCACUACUCCAUCCCGCUCAAGUUCUCCCCCGUCUUCGAGUACCUGACCCACGCCUUCGUCCGCAUCGACUACCUGCCCAGCGGCGCCGACGAGUCCCUCGUCCACAACACCCUGCCCCACACCGUCCUCCCCACCGUCGAGUACCACCCGGAGCUGCUCGAGGACGUCCCGCCCCGCGACGGCCUCAAGCCCCUCAUCGUCUCCCAGCCCGAGGGCGCCUCCUUCACCGUCGACGGCUCCAAGAUCACCUGGCAGGACUGGGAGUUCCGCGUCGCCACCAACGUCCGCGAGGGCCUUGCCAUCUACGACGUCCACUUCAAGGGCCGUUCCCUCUUCUACAGAGCCUCGCUUGAGGAAAUGACGGUCCCGUACGGAGACAGUCGUGCACCAUUUCACAGGAAGCAGGCUUUCGAUCUAGGCGACUGCGGCUUCGGAAACAGUGCUAAUUCUUUGGCUUUGGGCUGUCAUUGUCUUGGUGUAAUCAAGUACUUAGACACCAGAAGAUCUGACAGCGAAGGUAACCCCGUGCUGAUCCCUUCAACGGUCUGCAUGCACGAGCAGGAUUACGGCAUCCUGUACCUGCACAAGAACUACAGGAAUGGCAAGACCGUCACCACGCGUAGAAGGGAGUUUGUGGUGCAGACAAUCGCGACCGUGGCUAAUUAUGAGUAUAUCCUCAACUUCGUGUUCGACCAGGCCGGUGCAAUCACGGUGCAGGUACGUGCCACCGGUAUUUUGUCCACGAUGCCAAAUGACGAUAACAAUGUGACCGAUUUCGGGACCAUUGUUGGUCCAGGCGUUACUGCAGCCUACCACCAGCACUUGCUUUCGUUCAGAUUUGACACCAGAAUUGACGGUGACAAAAACACUGUGGUCUACGACGACUACGUCCCUAUGGAGGAGAAUACUGCUAUGAACCCAUACAACGUUGGUUUCCGCCAAGUGAGGAGCUACAUGGAUAAAUCAGGGUACAUCGACCAGUCGCCUUUCACCAACCGUACGUACAAGGUCAUCAACGAGAACUCCAUCAACCCAGUGACUAUGAAACCUGUGGGCUACAAGUUCGAGAUGCCUGCGAAGCAGAUGAUUCUGGCGUCGAAGAACUCCUACAAUGUCAAGAGAGCACACUACGCCACGAAGCAGUUCUGGGUCUCCAAGUACCACGAUGAUCAGCUUUAUGCGGCUGGUGAGUUCACGAACCAGUCGCAAGGAGACACCGGUUUGUCCAAAUGGGCUGACGGAACUGAGAGUGUUAGAAACACAGACACCGUUGUUUGGGCCACUCUUGCCUUGACCCACCCUCCAGUCACCGAGCAGUUCCCUGUGAUGACCUCGGACUUCAUGCAGUUCCUAGUUACUCCAGCUUCGUUCUUCACCAAGAAUCCUGCCCUAGAUGUGCCAUUGGCCAAUAACAACUUCAACAAGUCGGUCUACUAUGAGGAUGCCCAGAAGGCUGCCGGUCUUGCCACGGGUGAAUCACAAUCCUCGUCUGCCUCCUGUUGCAAGAGCAACAUUUAG